GCCCAGUACUUCCUGGACACCAACUUCCUCUUCCUCAGCGGUCUGAUCAUGGCCAGCGCCAUCGAGGAGUGGAACCUGCACCGGAGAAUUGCCCUCAAGGUCCUGAUGCUCACUGGGGUCCAGCCGGCCAGGUAAGGCCAGGUAAUGGGUCCAGCCCAGAGGUGGCGAGGCAGAGGGACCACAUCUCUUGGAGCCUAAACCCACUCUUCCUGCUCUGGUCAUCCAGGGCAACAAACUCAUCAUGUCCCACCAUCCACUUGUUUAUUCAUUUCUCAAAUAUUUAGUGAGCCACUCUGUGUGCCAGACACAGGGCUAGGCCCUUGGGCAGUUCUCAAAAGUAUGUAGGAAUCACAUGGGAAUCAGUUGAAAUGCUGAUUCCCAGACCUCACCCCCAGGGAUUCCUGUCCAGUAGUUCUAGAGGGGGCCAUAUUAGCAGUUUGACUCAGACUACUUGGGGCUGAAUCCCACCUUUCCUGCUCUGGGAGGUGACUUAGGCUCUCUUUGCCUGUAAAAUGAUGAUGCAGUAGCUUGGACCUGCACAGUAAAUGCUGGCUGUUAUCAUCCUGGUUUUCUAUGUACCAGCCAAGGUGACAUGGUGGGUGUGGAGUGGAUGGAAAGAUGGCCUUGGAGAGGCAGGGAGGUAGGGUCCAUUCCUAAGGGCCUUGGGCCCCCUAGCUAGGAUUCCAACUUUUAUUUUAAGAUGAUUGAAUGGCCUUUAAAAUAAGGUCAUUGUUGUUCUUUUAAUCUUUUUUUUUUGCAAUUUGUUGAAUCUUAAGGAUUCCUUCCCAGUAAUGUUUUUAAAUUCAUAAAGCAUAACACAUAGGAUUUAAAACAACAACCACAACAAUUACAGCAAAAUGCACUUAUCCAAACAAUUUUUUAAAACCACACAAAUUUGUGAUAGAAUACUGUAUGUACUUCUUUAUUAACACAAUAAAUGAUGAGAUCUAGCAACAGCCUCAUAACUGUAGUUUUGAGGCAGUUCUGAGUGUCAAUGAUAUUCCAAGAUGUCUCAACUAUUAUAAUGUGAUACGGAAGUGUCUGUGAUCUUUACUGGUAACCAACAACCCUUCUAACAGAGGAAAAAUUUUUUUAAUUAAUUAAUUAAUUUAUUUUUGGCUGCAUUGGGUCUUCGUUGCUGCACGCGGGCUUUCUCUAGUUGUGGCGAGCGGGGGCUACUCUUCAUUGUGGUGUGCGGGCUUCUCACUGUGGUGGCUUCUCUUGUUGUGGAGCACAGGCUCUAGGCGCGUGGGCUUCAGUAGUUGUGGCAUGCGGGCUCAGUAGUUGUGGCUCAUGGGCUAUAGAGUACAGGCUCAGUAGUUGUGGCUCACGGGCUUAGUUGCUCCUCAACAUGUGGGAUCUUCCUGGACCAGGGCUCGAACCCGUGUCCCCUGCAUUGGCAGGUGGAUUCUUAACCACUGCACCACCAGGGAAGUCCUCCCCUUCUAAUAAUACUGAACUUUUUUGCCUAUGUUUAUCACUGAAGGAAAUAUUUAAUUUCUAUUAGAUGUUAGUAAAAUAGAGGUAUAUUUUCCCCUAGCAUGUCCAUUCUGAAUUAUAUCUAUGGCCUCCUUGGUUAUCAAUCUCUGCUUUAAAGAAUUCCAAGCUGGGGAGUGACAUGACCAGAUUUGCAUUUUUUUAAAAAUUCCUCUUGGCUGCCAUGAGGGGAUCAGAUGAAGGUGAGAAGCCAGAUGCAGCCCAGGCUCAUCCUAGGGAUGAUGGUGACUACGUCCUUUCUGUCCAUGUGGCUGAGCAACACGGCCUCCACUGCCAUGAUGCUGCCCAUCGCCAGCGCCAUCCUGAAGAGUCUCUUUGGCCAGGAGGUUCGUAAAGACCUCAGCUGGGAGAGUGAGGAGAAAGCAGCUGCUGUGCGGAAAAACGGCCUGCAUACUGUGCCCACGGAGAUGCAAUUUAUUGCUGGCACAGAAGACAAAGACUGUCCUGAGGAGGCGGAGGCUCCAACGGAUCUCCAGGCUAACUCUAAGAAGGAGGAGGAAUAUCGCAGGAACAUCUGGAAGGGCUUCCUCAUCUCCAUCCCCUACUCGGCCAGCAUCGGGGGCACCGCCACCCUCACGGGCACGGCCCCCAACCUCAUCCUGCUUGGCCAGCUCAAGAGUUUCUUCCCACAGUGCGACGUGGUGAAUUUCGGCUCCUGGUUCGUCUUCGCCUUCCCUCUUAUGCUGAUGUUCCUGUUGGUGGGCUGGCUCUGGAUCUCCUUCCUGUAUGGAGGGAUAACCCUGAGGGGCUGGAGGAAGAAGAAAUCUGAGAUCAGAAGUGAUGCAGAAAGUAGGGCUCGAGCCAUGAUUCAGGAGGAAUUCCAGAACCUGGGGCCCAUCAAGUUUGCCGAACAGGCCGUGUUCAUCCUUUUCUGCAUAUUCGCCAUCCUCCUCUUCUCCCGGGACCCGAAGUUCAUCCCUGGCUGGGCCAGCCUCUUCACCCCUGGGUUUAUUUCUGAUGCUGUCACUGGCGUGUCCAUUGUCACCGUCUUGUUCUUCUUCCCGUCCCAAAAGCCAUCUCUCAAGUGGUGGUUUGACUUUAAAGCUCCCAACACAGAGACAGAGCCCUUGUUGACAUGGAAGAAGGCUCAGGACACGGUGCCCUGGAACAUCAUCCUUCUCCUGGGAGGGGGCUUCGCCAUGGCCAAAGGCUGUGAGGAGUCGGGGCUAUCCGCGUGGAUUGGUGGGCAGCUGCACCCCCUGGAGAAGGUGCCACCGGCGCUGGCCGUGCUGCUCAUCACUGUGGUUGUCGCCUUCUUCACGGAGUUUGCCAGCAACACGGCCACUAUCAUCAUCUUCCUGCCUGUCCUGGCGGAGCUGGCCAUCCGUCUGAGGGUGCACCCCCUGUAUCUGAUGAUCCCCGGCACAGUCGGCUGCUCCUAUGCCUUCAUGCUUCCAGUCUCGACACCCCCCAACUCAAUCGCCUUCGCCUCUGGACACUUGCUGGUCAAAGACAUGGCGCGGACGGGACUCCUGAUGAACGUGAUGGGCGUCCUGCUGCUCAGCCUGGCCAUGAAUACUUGGGCACAGACCAUCUUCCAGCUGGGCACCUUCCCGGACUGGGCCAACAUCCACCUAAGCAAUGUCACAGCACUGCCAUCCACCUUGGCCAAUGACACAUUUCAGACCCUCUGAGUCCCCCUCAGGUACUCUCUUCGGGCUGGGCUCUCAUCUGCUGCCAGGACCCUACAGGAUGAUCAAGCAAUUCUUCUCUGUGAUCCAGUACGCAGCAAGCGAGGGUGCGUUCCAGUGGUCCACUUGGGUCCACAGUCUCGUCUUCUAGGAUACCUUCUCCUCUGUCAUGCAGUUCAGGGUGCAGCUACCUCCCAGAUCUGCUGCCUGAGCAACAAGCUCCUUUAUCUCUGAGCUGUUCUGUGGUUAGGAUGCAAGAAAGCCCAAUUUCAGCAACAAGAAGCAAAUCUGGAAUGGCGUUUGUCUUGAAUAGGUAGGGUGGGAAGCACAGCUAGCAUCCCUCACUGACUACACGAGUUACCAUCUGGAGAGACCAUCUUGCCUUUAGAGAUCACCUUCCUUCAAGAGACUCUGGGGCUGCUGUGUCCCAGUCCAGCUGUUCCAGCUGUUCACAGCUGGUGUGCGCUCUGCUUGGUGGGGGCCAAUUCUCUGCCAGUUAUUCAAAUAUCACCCCUGCUGAUACCCAGCAGCCAGGGGUAUUUUCAAUCCCUGGAGACAGGGGGAGGGACAGAUGACAUCCUGAGGACAUGGAGAUCGUGCAAAGCCUCCUUGCUGCUUCUCCGGGCUCCCGAGCGCACAAGAGGAGUUCUAGACCUUUCUACCCAAGCUUAUUAGGAUUUUCCUGUUCAGUCUGAUUCAGUGUGGCCACAGUUCCAGGGUCGGGCCAAGUCUGGGCCAUGGCCUCUCACAGGUGACCCAUGGCCCCUCCAGCCAGGCCCCUUCCGCACGUGGCCCACAGGGGCCUUCGUGACUGCAGGCUGCUUCUUCUUCCAGGAGCUGGUCUUUACCUCCCUGCCCCGACCCGAAGCGGUAAGCAUGUUUGAUUAGCAAAGGCCACAUUUUCAGGGGUGAGAGAAAAGUCAAAAGAUAAAUUGGGGCCUUGUAAGAGGUCAAAUGUCUCAGGCAGGGAAACACCAUAAUCCUCUUCUACAGACGAGGACAACUUAAGACUUCCCCUGAGCCAGUGGCUGGUGGGGCCUGUCCUAGAGGAUCUGAUCCCUCCUUGCUUCAAGUAGGAACAUCUCGAAAAGGCACCGGCUGAGGGGCCCAGAAAGCUCACCUCCCCGACUUCCUAUGCCUCUGAGGGAUGAGGUUCCCCAAGCAGCUCGGGCUGGGAAGCAGCACCCAGGGACUGAACUUGUUCUUGAAACAGCACAAGUGAGUCAUGGAUGUUCCCCUGGGAGCAGUGGGGAGGAGGGAGAAUGGGCUCCCUGUCCUUCCCGUGGGGUUACUUCAACAUU